CUGUAAAAUAACCGGAAUAGAGAAGUCGCCCACAACUCCAUACCAUUCUAUGGGGAAUGGCUUAUGUGAGCGCUUUAAUCGUACUCUCCUCGGAAUGCUCGGAACUCUUUCACCAGAACAGAAGGACUGGAAAUCGCACGUCUCUAGUAUGGUACACGCGUACAACUGUACUCGACAAGAAUCUACAGGUCAGAGUCCAUAUUUUUUUGAUGUUUGGACGAAAUCCUAGAUUGCCAGUAGAUCUCGCCUUUGGUUUGAACACAGACGCUGAAGCAGUUUCCAUGACAAGGUACAUAGACGACAUCAGGCAACGCUUGAUUAACGCCUCUGAGCUUGCUGCAUCACAUUCAGCUAAGGCCAAGGAUAGACAGAAAGGACAUUACGACAGUCGUGUUCGUGAGGCAGUUAUCAACACUGGAGAUCGAGUUUUAGUGAAAAUUGUGGCUUUCACGGGAAAACAUAAGCUAUCCAAUAAGUGGGAAGAGGAACCAUAUAUUGUAACGGAGCAGUCAAACCCUGAUAUUCCUGCAUAUAUUGUUCGGAAGAAAAAUGGUGAGGGUCGGCCUAGGACGUUACAUCGAAAUCUCCUCUUGUCUAUUGGAUAUCUCCUAGAUACUACAGUAAGGAAACCACAGCCGGCUCCUAGGAAAAGGACACCUGUGGCUAGGAAGGUGCCUUCAAGUGAUGAAGGGUCCACCAUUUCAUCGUCAGAGGGGGAGGAAGUGCUAGUUGGAAGGACAGAUGUUCAACAAACAUUUACUCCGGACCAUCCACUAGCCGAGUCAGAAGAUGAGCCUCAAGAUGAUGCAGAGUCACAGUCACAACUAGAAGGAGAUGGAGGAGUCCCACAGGACAGCCCUGCUGCGCCUAGGAGGUCGCGGCGUCCGAGGGAAAAGCCUGUGUGGAUGAGGAGUGGACAGUUUGUUAUGAGGAAUCAACUAAUGGUCGAAGAGCCAGAGUGGAAGCAGAGGGCAAAGUGUUUGACGGAACUUGCAGACACAGGAAUCCUAUCAGGAAAAGAAGACCAGGUUGCCUUAACAUUGCUUCAGAUCCUCUCCGGAAAGAUAUCGUGACUGCUAUUGUUUCAAUACCCAUGAUGGUUUCAUAAUUGUAUUUUGUUUACCAAUUUGCUAUUGUGCAUCUCUUGUCGAGGACGACAUUUAUCAAAAGCAGGGGAGAAUGUAACAGGGUCAAUUUUAUUGUCAUAUAUAGUAAAUGUUAUAAUUGUGUAUAAAUAUCCAUUUGUAUGUGCCCAGGGUGUUUUGUGUAUUUGUUUGUCCAUUUGUUGGUGUUACAUGUUACAGGGUGUGGUGUUCUAUGUAUUUUGUGUAAUGUGUUGCUAUUUUCAGUGUAACAAUUUACACCCAGUGAUUUAAGUCCAGAGUCCAUGUUCUUGUCUUGCUUUUUAUUGGUCGCUAUUUUUAUAAUCCCUUGUUGGUCAGUCUUGGCGGGAAUAUCAUUGUUAGGUCAGUUAGACUCCUGC